AGUGCGAAUCGGUCAAAUUGGCAAUUGGUGCUGGAACGUAAUAGCGGAAAAGAAACAUUGGAGCAAGUAAAAGUUUACCAAGAAAAAUGCUGUCGCUUUUGGUUUUGUGUGCCGUGAUAUAUCUCGGUAACGGUGCCGAGCAAACGUGUCUACCGACUAGGACAACAGUUUCCGGGUCUCAAGCACCAAGCACAGUUUGUUCCGGUGAUUUGAUCUUUGAGGACAAUUUCGACUUCUUCGAUUUCAAGAAGUGGGAACACGAGAACACAUUGGGUGGUGGUGGCAAUUGGGAGUUCCAAUGGUACACCAACAAUCGGACAAAUUCGUUUACUGACGGUGGACGAUUGGUUAUACAGCCAACUUUACUUGCAGACAGAACUGGAGAAGGAUUUCUGUCUUCAGGUGUUCUAAAUAUUCACGGAGGAUCCCCGGCUGAUCAAUGCUCGAAUCCCGCUUUUUACGGUUGCGAACGAGGUGGUUCUCCCUCAAAUAUUAUCAAUCCAAUUAUCAGCGCUCGAUUGAGGAGCAUCAGUUCGUUUUCCUUCAAAUACGGUCGACUGGAAAUAAAUGCAAAAAUGCCAGCUGGAGAUUGGCUAUGGCCAGCUUUGUGGCUAUUACCUCGUUAUAACGCAUACGGAACAUGGCCAGCAUCGGGAGAAAUUGAUUUGAUGGAAUCACGAGGCAACCGAAAUUUGGUUCAAAACGGUGUCAAUAUCGGAACAGAACAAAUCGGCUCAACUUUGCAUUUCGGACCGUACCCCGAUUUGAAUGGUUAUCCAACCGCUCACUAUACGCGAAAUGCAGCGCCUGGUAAUGGAUUCAACAAUGACUUCCACCGCUAUCAAAUGGAAUGGACUCCUGAUCGAAUUACGUUCAAGGUAGAUGAUGUAGAAACUGGAACCAUUAACGCUGGAAGUGGAUUCUGGAAUAGAGCCAAUUUUGCUGGUAAUGCACCGGGAGUUCAGAACCCCUGGAGAUACGGUGAAAUUAUGGCACCGUUUGAUCAAGAGUUCUAUAUCAUCAUGAACAAUGCAGUUGGUGGUGUUGCAUAUUUCCCCGAUGACGCAUCGAAUCCUGGUGGAAAACCAUGGUCGAAUACAUCGCCUCAAGCUUCAACCGAUUUCUGGAAUGGACGCGGACAAUGGUUACCCACAUGGAAUUUGAAUACAAAUGAUGCAGCUCUAGUGGUUGACUAUGUACGCGUUUGGGCUUUGUAAAUAUAAAACAAAGAUUGUGUACUGAAAA